AACCGUCACGUUUUAAAAUCACAAAUUAAAUAUAUUGUUUCUAAACCCAAAUGAUUUUAAUCAAAUUUAACACAGUUCUUAUUGUAACACAACCCUUAGAGUUGUGCUCUUAGCCGCCACCGGCCUGGGAGCCAUGUACAUGAUGCAUCUACUGGCCCAGGAUUGGGUGAAGAUCCGACCCAUUCGCGGAAUAACCCAACUGGCCGGAAUGGCCGCUCAACCGAUCCAACAGGUUAUUGCACCCAUCCAACAAGCCAGCGGGGCUCUAAAUUUAUUCCGGAGCAGAAGAGAGGCCAGCCUUAAUCAUGAACUCGGUUGGGUGCGAAGAACCCAAGAUUCGGGAGGGGGGAAUGGUGGCAGAGGCAGCAGAGGUGGCUCCGUAGGAGGCCUGGAUCACAGGACACAUCCUGCCGUCGAUUGGAAGAGGAUCCUAUCAAGGGAUCCCUUCGAGUGCUUGCAAUCCUUGAUAUGUCAACUGAUGUCCGGAGCCGAAGCGAAAGUUCCGGAGGCUGAGUUGCUCAUGGAUUAUCUGGAGUCAUCUCUGGAGCUGGCUCCGGCCAAGAUUGGUCGCGCCUUCAGCCGAGGAUUGGCCUUACGGGGCUCCACGGAGCUGUGUUUUAACGAGUAUCCAUUUUGCCUCUACUCCGCCAAAACGAUGUUGCGCAUCCUGCGUUGGUUCAGUGAAUCGGGUGAAGAGCUUGUGGAUAAUGUGGCCUAGUUCAAAUCCAUUCUAGUUUCAGUUUAUCUUAGAAAGACUUAAUGGGGAAAGUGAAAAUGUGAAAUAAUUUUACAAUGUUGAUAGAAUGAAAAUAAAAAAUUAAAUGAUAUGAUGUAUCAUAUUUUAUGAUGUGUUUCAAGUUUUCACUUUACACAUUUAAAUAUAAAAUUUAUGGCGCUUGGCUAGUAGCAAUUACUAAUAACUUAAACGAUUGUCUUUUUUUAAGAAAUAUAGUUUUUUCUCAGAAAAGGUGCUUUAUGUUUACUUGAAUUUUAAAUUACUUGAAUUUUAAAUAAACAUCAACCAUGAACAUCAACUAUACUGCAACAUCUUUCCUGCAACUGGUCAGGAUGAGACGACGCUGAGUAUUAAGGUUUUUGACCCGCAAAUUGUGAUCCGUGAGCUCGCGGACUUGCUCCUCCAGAUUGCCAUUGGACGCCUCCGUCGGCUCCUGCUCCACACGCUCAAGGUUCUUCCCCAGAGCCUCCAGA